CCGAUAAAAUAACAUGGGUUUGAGCAUGGGCUCAACUAAAGUCAGCCCAACCAAACUAUAUCAGCUUCACACGUCUGUUACUCCCCACCCAUUCCGGUGGUGGCGACGGUGACGGCGCGGCGGCCGUUUUAUCAGUUUUGGAGUUUCCCCUCUUCAGUUAUUAUUGAAAAGGCUGAAAUUUUGGAGUAGAAAAAAAUGGGUAAGGGAAGAGCAAAAAAGAAAGGCGGUGGUACAACAUGUGGGUCAAUUACAUUGAGAGAAGAGCUAAGUGGGAAGAAGAAACAAAAUCAUGUAAAUGCAAAAUCAAUGCUGAAAUUGGAACAUAUAAAGAAUCUUGCUACCUGGGUCAGCGGUGAAACUUCCAUACAUUCACUUGGUGCAUUCUUUGGUCAGAGAUUUGCUGCUUCAGCUGAAUCCUUGGGUGUUCCUCCUGACCCCUCUUUGUUUACUUGUCAAAGGUGUGAAUCUAUCCUUCAGUCUGGCUAUAAUUGUUCAGUACGGAUCGAGAAGAACAAAAGAAAGGGACGAAAUAGACGCAAGAAACCUGGUAUUCCCCCAAAGAACUAUGUUGUCUAUGACUGCCAUUUCUGUUCACAUCCUAAUCUAAAGAGAGGAACCCCGGGUGGCUAUAUGAAAGACCUAUAUCCUGCCAAAACAACAACUUCAAGAGUAGACCCUACUAAAUCAGCAACCCGAAAGUCUGAACAGUUGGAUACAGUAGUGUCUAGUAUCGAUAAGGCAAGAGUUGACCCUACUGAAUCAGCAACGCAAAAAUCUGAACAGUUGGAUACGUUAGAGGCUAAUAUCGAUGAGACAAGAGUUGACCUUACUGAAUCAGCAACCCAAAAGUCUGAACAGUUUGUUACUUCAGUGGCUAGUACCAAUAGAGAUAAUAAUGCAGAUGUAACGGUUUCAUCUGAAAUAGUUGGAGAUGAUCCUACCGCUAGUCCUGCAACUCCAUUAUCGACAGUAACAGUUACUUCUUUGUUGGAUUCUAAGAGGAAGAAAAGAAACAGAACAGGGUUCAAGAAGAAAGUUGAACCUCAGGUUGGUUCGUCCGCGACAGAUGCUGAGAAAACUGUCUCAAUAUCCAGUAAGCGAAAGAGGAAGUCUUGGACUAGUUUGAAGGAAAUUUCUGAAAGUGAGGGUAGCAAUAGCAAAAAGUUCUCCAACAUAUCUGUACCAUUUGUUCUUUGAUUGUAAUAACUAUAUUACUGUUUCUUGAGAACACUUUUGGUGUUGAUAUAUUAAAGUUUCAACUCUUCUUUUUA